AUGGCGUCUCUAUUUUCUUUAGAAGGCAGGACAGCCUUGGUCACCGGCGGAACGCGAGGAAUUGGUCAGGCAAUGGCCAUUGCCCUUGCCGAAGCUGGCGCAGACGUUGUUUUAGUCCAGAGGGACGAAUCAAACACAGCUACACGCGACGAAGUCGCCAAACUUGGCCGGAAAGCUUUAAUACACGUCGCCGAGCUAUCGGACCGAGAGGCAGUGAAGAGGAUUAUCCCUACGCUCGUACAACAGGGUGUUCAGCCAGACAUUCUCCUGAAUUGUGCGGGGAUCCAGAGGAGGCAUCCCAGUGAGAAAUUUCCAGACGAGGAUUGGGAUGAGGUCAUCAAUAUCAACCUUACGUCAGUUUUCACACUCACGCGCGAGUUCGGCGCCAAUCUACUAUCCCGAGAUGCCUCCGAAUUUCCUCGCGGUCGACGCGGCUCAGUCAUCAACGUCGCUUCCUUACUCUCGUUCCAAGGAGGCAUCACAGUCCCCGCAUAUGCAGCAUCCAAAGGAGGAGUUGCGCAAUUGACCAAAGCUUUGUCGAACGAGUGGGUCGCCAAGGGUAUCAACGUGAAUGCCAUCGCACCCGGCUACAUUGACACGGACAUGAACGUUGCGCUCAUCAACGAUCCCAACCGCAAUGCCGGCAUUAUGGCUCGCAUCCCUGCUGGUCGAUGGGGGAAACCUGAGGAUUUCAAGGGCGUGGUUGUGUUCUUGGCAAGUCAGGCCAGUGGCUAUGUUUCUGGAGAGAUAAUCACGGUUGACGGAGGCUGGAUGGGUCGGUAG